AUGUCGAGCGAUAAAAAACUAGUUGAUCUAGCAAUAAAACUAUUUUCAAUAGAUGCUGUAAAGUUUGGAGAGUUUACAACAAAGAGCGGCAUCAAAACACCUGUUUAUUUUGAUUUGAGGGUUAUAGUCAGUUAUCCUGAUGUUAUGGAAUCGAUAUCAAACUUGUUGCUGGAACUUACCAUGAAAGAUCUGAAAUAUGACCACGUGUGUGGUGUGCCGUACACAGCGUUGCCUAUCGCGACAAUCCUCAGUGUACUGACGAAGAAGUCUAUGCUCAUGCGAAGAAAAGAAACAAAAGCAUACGGAACUAAAAAAUCUAUUGAGGGCCAUUAUAAAGCUGGUCAAUCAUGUUUAAUUGUUGAAGAUGUUGUUACAUCCGGGUCAAGUGUGCUGGAAACAGUACGAGAUCUACGUAAAGAAGGCUUGAUAGUGACAGACGCAGUUAUUAUAUUGGAUCGGGAACAAGGAGGCAGCAAAAAUCUUGAAGUUGAUGAUGUAAAAAUCAAGUCAUUGUUUACUAUGUCUUCAUUGAUUGACAUUCUCUUGAAAAACGGGAAGAUUACUGAGGACACGGUGACUAAAGUGAAGCUGUACUUGAAAGAGACACAAGCUCCAGUCAUUGAAAAGCCAUUGGAUAGAAUGUCAUUGACUUAUGAAAAGCGAGCUGAGCUAGCCAAAAAUGGAGUGGCCAAACAGCUAUUCAGCAUAAUGGCAACUAAGAAAACAAAUCUGUGUCUCUCAGUUGACUUGACUUCGGCCACAAAGAUCCUAGACCUUCUAGAAAAAAUUGGAGAACAUGUUUGUCUUGUGAAGACACAUGCAGACAUCAUUGAAGAUUAUACUAGUGAUUUCAUUUCUAGAAUCAAACAACUGGCUGAUAGAUUCAACUUCCUAAUACUGGAAGAUAGAAAGUACGCUGAUAUUGGGAAUACUGUAUCUCUGCAGUAUUCCAAAGGCCUGUACAAAGUCGGAGAUUGGGCUGAUUGUGUAACAGCCCAUUCUUUGCCUGGUGAAGGCAUUCUGAAAGCCCUCAAUUCACAAAAUGGUGUCAACAGAGGAGUUUUUCUACUGGCUGAAAUGAGCAGUGAGGGAAACCUUAUUACACCAGAUUAUAGAGAAGCAACAGUGGCUAUGGCAUCAAAAUACCCAGAAUUGAUUACCGGAUUUGUUUGUCAGAACAAAGACACUUUCAAGGACCCAGGUCUUAUACAACUGACCCCAGGAGUGCAGCUGGAGAGCAGCAAAGAUAACUUAGGCCAGGUGUACAAUACACCAGAGAAGGUUAUCUUGGAGAAAGGUGGUGAUGUGAUAGUAGUUGGUAGAGGCAUUGUUGCCGCCAAGAGCCCAGAAACCCAAGCAAAUGUCAUCAUUAAAUCAAAAUGUCAAUCACAAGGAAAUGUCAAAAUUGAUAAUGACUGCAGUUUUGUACGCAACAAAACAAAACAAAACAUUAUUAAUAAUUUAGACAUGGAUAAUAUAGUUAAAGAAUUAGGUAUAAGUAAUAAAAAUAUAUUUCCAACUGCGUCCCCUGGUCUUUUUUCCGUCGUUGUUCACACAGCUUGGUUGAAAAAAUGGAUAAAAAACAUCGAAAUAGAUACCUCUCUGAACAAUGUAGAUUUUACCUUGCAACCUGGUGAAAGUGUACCUUAUCCGUGGCGAAAAAUAUUUGUGAGGGUGUUGAAUAAAAAAGUGUCCAAGGUUCUUCCUUUGCCUCGUUACAAACUCAACGAAAACACAAACGAGACUCCCCUUACGUUCUCUCAGCUCUUGCAAUAUGUGUCGCAGAGUAACCAAAGAACAUUGUGGAAAGAAGCAUACAAGAAGUACUGUCAAAACAAUGAUAGCAGUAAGGAAAGUACCAUAGUAAACCUAUUAGAGCAUGACCAGCUGAUGUCUGAAGUCGUGCUCCGCUUGUAUGGAUGUAAUAUAAUUAGGGUUAAGUGUGAUGGAGCUGGAAAACACAUAGAGUACAAAGAGAUUAUACCUAAUAAACAUGUUUUAAAAAUGUAUGAAACACAUGGCAACCUACUAGCAGCCAUGUUUACCAUAGAAACAGACAGUAACUUCUAUGUUAUAUAUAGGGCACAAUAUGAGAAUACCCUCCUUGACUGCCUGAACUUUAGUCCAAACUUAAUAGACAUGAAUUACAGCAGAGGCCUGUUUAUAGUGUACCAAUUGUUGAACUUGUCUAAGGCUAUGAGUGACAGAGGCUUAAGCUUAGGAAUGCUAACUCUUUUAGACAUUUACUUGUCUGAGAACCUAUGGCUACAAGUGUUGCCAAUGAUUACCAAUAACAUACAUUGUUUGGAUGCUUCCCUGAUAAUUGAGCACAAUAGGAGUAAACAGACAACUCCUGCAAUAAGUCAGGGACCUCCUGGGAAAAGGGGGGAGGAGUGGUGUUGGCGCAAGGAGGCAGUUCAGCUGGAGAAGCUGUGUAUGUUGUGGGUAAGAGGGAGGAUAUCUAACCUUGACUAUCUGCUACACCUGAACAUGUUAGCUGGAAGAGCUGCUAAUGAUCCUCAAGCCCAUUUCAUGGUUCCAUGGGUCACUGAUUUCUCAUCCAGAUGUGGUAGGAACUGGCGAGACCUAAGCAAGUCAAAAUACCGCCUGAACAAGGGAGAUCGUCAAUUGGACAUGACAUAUGACGUCAGCAGUUGCACCGACCAGAUACCACACCACGUUUCUGACGCCCUCUCCGAUAUUACUUGCUACGUUUACCUAGCGCGCAGAACACCAAAAGAGGUUUUAUGUAAAUACGUGAGAAAUAAAUGGGUGCCGGCUGAAUAUCCAGCGUCCAUACAACGCAUGCAGGAAUGGACUCCUGACGAAUGUAUACCGGAGUUCUACACAGACCCCACUGUGUUUAAAAGUAUACACGAAGACCUACCGGACCUAGGCAUUCCGUCGUGGGCGACCUGCGUCGAGGAUUUUAUAACGAAACAUAGAGAAGCAUUGGAAAGUACGCACGUAUCGGAGAAUUUGCAUCAUUGGAUCGAUAUUACUUUCGGAUACAAACUGUCAGGAGCAGCGUCAGUAAAAGCAAAGAACGUGUGCCUAUCUCUAGUGGAUGGUCACACCCGCAUACGUCGCGGGGGCGCGGUACAGUUGCUGACGGCGCCGCACCCGCCCCGCGCCUCCCGCGCCCUGCCGCCUGCGCCCCCGCGCCUACACUGGACUGCGCCUAAGGAUGCUAAAAAGUCCCUCAGAAACGACAGUUCAGACGAAGUUUCUGAUGAUGAGGAAGAGUCUACUAGUCUUCCCCAGCACGUGUCGCGGCUGAACGUUCCUCCUCAACGCGUUAGGUCACGACACAAAAGCAGCAGUAGGGCUCGCUCCUUGUCCAAAAGCCAAGGUCUUGAAGACUCGCAGACUGUCCCCAUUGAAGGCAGGGCCUCCUCCCACUCCCGGCACUACAGGGUCCAAAGAUCAGAGCUAGGGAAAGGCGUCAUUUACCUCCCCAAAGAAUUCAACCCAGUAGCUUCCAUACAAGCGAUAGAAUCCCUCGAUAAUUUCCGAACAAAAUGCUUCUUUACCAAAGCUGAGGAUAAGGAGAAACAUAAAGAGAAUAUUACGACCUUGAACCUCUAUCCGGUGCAGCAAGACAUGAGGCAGGAUAGCACUGUGUCAUCCAAGGAAGGCUCUGACGAUACUGCGUUUACGAAUCACAUGUUUUUAGCGUCUUACGACCAGAAUUAUUUGAAGAAGUUCACUCAGGAUGCGCACUUGGAGAGUGUGCUGAAAGAGAGAAAGAAUAGGACGUUCAACACAAGGUACACGACUGAUGCAGCGAUAUACAAGCAGUUUGUUACAGAAAGUAGACGUCAGGAUAUGCUAGUCAUAGGGUGCUUGAUCGUAGAAAUAUUCUUACACAGCUACAUGAGGCCGCUUCGGACAGCCACCGACAACUUUUUAGAACGAUACAACAACUGUCGAACAGUACUAAAAUACAAUUUCAAUGCGUUACCAAGAAGUGUUAGUUAUAUAGCCUCCUUACUCCUCAACGUUCAACCUCUCAGUUUGAGUUACAAAAAUGAAUUGACUCCAAAAAAGGAGGAGCCUAUGAAGAAGAUUUUGGUAACUGAUAAAGGGUUGCCCGCACCCACACCUGCGCAGCUUUUGCAGCCAUUAUUGAUGCAGCAUUUGAUACCGUUCCCUCAAAGCUUUAAUAUUUUGUACAAGUUGUUGAAUACGCUACACGAGUAUGAACUGACAAGCACGGAGCUAAAUAUUCUCUAUACGUAUGAGUGUGAUGGCGUGCAGUGCGAAAAGUACCAGAAUGUGGAUAAAACUAAGCUGUAUUUUAACCAGAAAAUAGCUGAAGGAAAGAUUCAAGCGUGCGUCACGCACUUAGAAGUCUUAUUAAACCAAGUAAAUUGUUACAAUCAGUUCGAUGUCCUUGACAUCUUCCUCUCCCACUACAUAGAGUUACUUCAGAACAAGGAUACGUCAGUAUUGGCCGCGUGGUACUUAUUUGACACAGUCAGCAAAGCAUUGGGGCCCGCUGAGACGAGGAAGAAGCUUCUCAAACAUAUUCUGAACCUCUACGAAGAUGAUGACUUUGCUGUGGACAAACCUGACCAGCAUAAGUUGACCGAUGUAGACGGUACUCUCGCAGGGGGAGUGUCGAACAAACAGAAGUUUGUGAAGCUCUACCACAAUAUAUUCCUCCUUCAGCUCAUGGUCAGGUUGGGGCUCCAAUGUUUCCUGGACAACUUCACACAACACCUAGUUGAGGCUGUUGGUGGUUAUAAGGAUGCAACUGAAGAAGCUGGCUCUCCAGGCCAUCUGUGUCACAAUAAAGCAUUGUCCAGUAAAAAACCUAGAUAUUCUGAUGAUAAUGUCAAGAAGGCGCUGUCCAGUAAUACGGAUAUAUUCUCUCCUGACACUUCUUACGGGUCGGAACACGUCACGACACCUGGCGUGGAGAAAACUGAAACCCACGAAGGUCUAAAAGAGAAAGACAGUGAUAAUAGAAGCGAAAAUGAGUUGUUCCAUUUCGAAACUGACAAGGACAGACUCCCUAGCAGAAGUAGUAGGAGCAAGUCUCCAGCGGAAUCCAUAGACUCAUAUAACUCGAACAACCAAGACAACAUCCACACACCCUCGCCUUCAAUAGACCACGUCUCACCAAUAGCAACAAAAUACUUUACUGCAGUCCAAAAGGAACCGAAUCAAACACUACAUAGAGAUCAAAAUCACGAAGUAGUGACGCCUUCUAACAAACCAAUGUCGCCAACUAUAGAGAUACCGACGAAGCCGAUGUUUACAAGUUACCUGCACUUUGCAGAAGAAGACGAUUCUGAGGUUGAAUUGAGGAGGAAAUCUCACGACCCACAAAUAAACUUGGAACUGGGGAGACACAUGGAUAGGUCAGCGAAAGGGUCUCGAAGUAUGAACGACGAAGAUUUUCAAGGUUUCAAAGAUCCUAAUACGUCGAAAAUUUCCGAUAUGAGUUCUGAAAGUUUAAUUUGGCUGGCUCAUAGAUUAGGGCCAGUACUUACUUGUAGGUAUAUAACACGGAACUUGUUGAAGAUGUUAACGUUGUGUUAUAUUGGAAAAGAUAAUUUGGCGCCGUGGGAUAGCGAUGAUAGAGACGAGUUUGAUGAGAUAUCUGUUGUCAGCAGUCGAGUGGUUGGCGACAGAAACGCUAUGAAAGUGAUCAAGUGCCUCACUUCUAUUGUAGCGAUGUACGGUGAACAGUUGAUAAUCUUCCAAUACUUGCCUCAUAUGGGCGAGUUGAUAGCUUCAUGUCGGCGCCGCCUGUCCGCGCCGCUAGAGGGCGGCGUGGUCGCCUGUCUACAGCUCAUCAAGUACCUGCUGCCGCAUAUGUCUGACGUCAAACUCAUGGAGCAGUUGCAGGACACAUUCCUGAAGUCUAUUCUCCAGCCAGCCCUGAGGCUAGCAUCGACCACCCGUUGCUCGUACCCCAGCGGCGCUGCAGCGCGGAGCUCGCUGACUAGGAAGCUGCUGGAUGCGCUGCAUGUGUUGGCGCUCAGGAUAGGACCUGAAAUGACCAGGAGACAUCUUUGUGUACCGGCUUUGCAGAGAUUCUUUUUGGCCUUUGAUAAAGCGACAGGCAAGAUCGAUAACUGGCCGAAACAAGAAGAAACAGCGCCAGAAAAGUUAACAGAGCAAGAGCCACCGGACUGUAAGCCAGAAGGUUUCCUAGAGAUAUGUCGCGACGGUACGACGGCGGAGUGGCGCGUGCAGGACGGACGCGUCGUCCGCGCCGACAUCCCCGACCUGGCCUGCACGCCGCCUGACAUUGCUGAACAUCCGCACGAUACCACACGGCUUACGGCUCAAGAAGAACUUCUGAUGGUAUUCGACGAAGAGCUAGCGUAUCGCGCGUACACGACCUUCGUGAAGUCUAUAGGGGCUGAAACCAUGGAGCGGUGUCUAAAGAAUGUAGACACCGUUCGAGCGCUCUGCAGGAACUAUGAACAGAACCAUCGUAUCACCUCCCCCCUCCAGAUCCGUCCAGACAAACGCGUCCAGCUUUCCUUCAGCGACGAGCCUCUCAGUCACAAGGCUAACUCCUCAAGCAAGUCCGAUGUGGUCAUGGACCAUAUUUCCAGCUCGAACAGUUUCGGAUCCAAUGUCACGUUAGUCGGGAACCGUAUAGAUGUCGCUAGUGAUGCCUUCGACGUCGGUAGUGGUGCGCACGCGCAUGGAUUCGAUGUCGUCGCGUAUAAAACUGAUAAUGGGAUUAAAAGUAAUAGACACUUGCGUGGUGACUGGCUGAUCUACUGGGAGCACGAGAUAGGUCGCCCGGACAAGGAGACCCGGUUCAACCUGAAGCAGAUCAAGCUGCAGACCUUCGUGGGCCACACCCACUCCGUCAAGUCCAUCCACUGCCUGGACAACGAGAACAGCUUCAUGAGCGGUUCCAAGGACAAGACUGUGCGCUUGUGGUCGCUGAGGAACCAGGGUGAUGGCAACGCGACGUCGCAAUGUAACUGGACGUACAGCGGCCACAAGAAGGGCGUGCUGUCGCUGACGUUCCUGGAGUCGCUGCGGCUGGCCGUGUCCACCGACUCCGUCGUGCAUAUAUGGGACCCCUUCAUGGAGAGCGUCGUGUCUCAGUUGGACAGCCUGAAGAGUCCGGUGAGUAUAGUCCGCACGCUGGCGGGCCCGUCCGCCGCGGUACUGGCCGCCACUACCGACGCCACGCUCCGCGUCAUCGACGCACGGACGCCACACACCUCGCAUGAGUUGAAGCUCCCGAUGAGCGCGACGACGUUUAUCCGCUGCAUGUGUGUGAGCUCUAGUGGCGGCUGGGCGGCCUGCGGGCUGGCCAGCGGACAUGUCGCCGUCACCGACCUCAGGACCGGCCUCACCAUCGCCGCGUGGAAGGCACACGAUGGAGAGGUCUUAAGGCUUGCGACAGUGGACGAGCAUAGACUGCUCAGCUCAGGUUUGGACCAGGUCACAGCUUUAUGGAGGCCUGACGACGGGGAACUCAUAGCACAUCUCAAAGGCAGCACAGAACCCGUCCACUGCCUCUCAGUAUACUACAAAGAAUUGAUCUCAGGCACUACGAACAAUCGCAUCGGAGUGCACACGUCCCUCAGUCAGGACGCUAGCUUUUCGAGCACGAAACUACGCUCCGACACAUUUCGAGGAGUGCUCACAUGUAUGGCUGUACUACCGCUGAAUAGGCUUCUACUACUAGCCAGCGAUAACGGCACCAUCAGUCUACUAUGUUAAAAGGUAUUAUAUGUAAUAGAUAAAUAAAUAUUUGUAUUAUAAGUCUCGUGAGAUAUAUUAAAUGAUUUAUUUAAGUUUAGCGCCGGUAUCACGUAAUUGUUUGA